AAUCAAUCCCAGUUUGAUACUGGAGUAUGCUGAUGCUAAUGUAAAUACAGACUAGCUGGCUCCAACAUAAUCAUCCAUCCUAUUUAAACAAACAUAUCUGCAGGUUCCAACAGACUGUACCAAUGGGCACUAGAGCGGCUUUUGUGGUUGCAUUCCUCAUAAGGUCCCUAUAUGGAGGGAUGCAGAUUGUAACAAAAUUUGCCUUCAAUGAAGGCAUGAGCACAUCUGUCUUUGUUUUCUACAGGCAUGUGAUUGCUAUCCUGUUCUUGGUUCCCGUCGCAUUUGUGCUAGAAAGGAAAACUGCUCCACCACUGACAUUCAAAGUGUCUCUGAAACUAUUUUUGCAUGCAUUAUAUGGGAUUUCUGGGGCGAUAAACAUAUAUAGCCUUGGUCUCAGUUAUGCCUCAGCAACAUCAUCAUCUGCGAUAUUUAACCUUCUACCGGCGGUGGCUUUCAUCUUGGCUCUUCUGAUGAAGAUGGAGUCCCUGAACUUGAAGAGGAUCAAUGGAAUUGCAAAAGUUUCUGGUGUAGUGUUGUGCAUUGUUGGUGUCAUCAUACUUGCGUUCUACCAAGGACCUGAGUUGAAAUCAUUCAACCAUCACCAUCUUUUUCGCACGAGUACUGUCUAUGCUGCGGCUACUUCACAUCCUGCAACGACAUGGAUAUUAGGAAUUUUUCUGACGACUUUAUCAACAACAUGUUGGGCACUUUGGACAGUGCUUCAGGGUCCUAUGUUGGAGGUAUACCCCUCUAAGCUCCUCAACACAACCAUCCAGAUAGUCUUUGCAACUAUUCAGUGUUUCUUCAUCGCUCUGGCGAUUGAGAGGGAUUUUUCACGAUGGAAGCUGCACCUGGAUAUGGGCCUUAUUGCUGUGAUCUACUCAGGGGUACUUGUCUCGGGAGUUGCAUAUUACAUGCAAGUAUGGGUUAUUGACAAGAGUGGGCCGGUCUUUUUGGCCAUGACAAUGCCCAUAACUCUUCUUGUCACAAUAAUGCUGUCCUCAUUUGUAUUAGGAGAAGCAGUCACCCUGGGAAGCAUAAUAAGCGGAGUGGUAAUGGUUGGUGGUCUUUAUUGUGUUCUUUGGGCCAAGAAAAGUGAACAGGCAGCUAUCAGUAAGCAACAGAUGGUAGUUCCAGUCCAGACAACACGAGUUUAGGCCCAGUCUCAAUGGGGCUGCUGCAUGCCAUCAAAGCAGUUUUUCCUGAUUGUGCCCAGAGGUACUGCAAGAGACAUUGAUUCAGUGCAAGGGGACGAGGACGUGCAAGGAGAGGAGGAGGUGUAAGGGGAAGAGGGCGUGCAAUGCAUUGAUUCAGUGCUGAUCAAGGAUGCGAUGCUAGUGCAAUAUGAAGAAUAGAAUGAAAGACUAAGUUUUUAUUAUUUUGCAAUAAGACUAUAGAUGAACCAUCACACUUAACCAUGUACAUUAGAUGUGGUUAAUCAGCGAUGUCCACCAAAAAUUACAUGUUAUAUGCAAGUUAUAGCAAAUAUUUUGUAAUUAAGGGUAAGCCAGAAACCUUCUAAAUGAUUGGAUUGAAGUAAUUAAAUCCUGUUCUUGUCAGACCAA